AGCCGUCCUAUCGAUCCGUCCACGGUCCCGAGCUUUCUCUCGCUUCUCUUCACAAGCCUCGCGAACGUCGCCACCGAGCAACCGUCUCGGCAUACGUAUCGGGCGCGAUUUUAUAUAUAUAUUUUCGUGUAACAAUAUAUUCUUCCUCCUUCUUUCGUUUAGUUUGAUCAGGAAGUGUAUCAAGAAGUAGAAUCAGCAGCGGCAGAGUUAUGGCACGUCGGGGCGAACACUCCAGGGCGGUUUUUCUAUUGUGGUGUGUCUUAGGCAUAGCGUUUAGUAUCCCUGUUCCUUCGCCGAUGCCGCGACAAGUGGACGAACAACGUUAUACUACACGCAGAAUGCCGAAAGUCUACCUGGACUACCCUACUCCGAGAACGAGGUUACCCUUGCCAAUAGUUAAUUCCGAACUUAAAACAACCACGAUUGUGCCCUCAACUACGUCGACCACGCACAAACCGUUUCUCACGGAACAACCCUUGUAUCGGCUGGACGGAAGCAAUGGACAAGCCUGCAUUCUUCUUCAAGUAGAUGCGCUUAUCAUUGUCAAGUAUCGGACAAAACUCGGCGAAUAUCAAGAAGCGGAUAUCUAUGUACCUGACGAUGCAACUGUGACCGGAAAUUGCGAUAAUGAAAACACGGUGACAAUGUCAUUAAAAUGGAAAGCCUUUGUAUUAUCUUGGAGCUUCGCUAAGACACCUGGUGGUGAACGUUGGUACGUCGAAAAAAUCGAGCUGACCUAUAACUCCAGUGACAAACACUUCGAACACAUUGCUCAGCCAAAUAAGACUAUUCGAUUAAGCACUGGCCAGAAACACAGCUCCAUGCUAUUUCCUACACCGGUUGGAAAAUCGUACGCUUGUUCCGAAGAAACCGAGAUUCCGCUUACCGACGGCAAAAAUCAGGCCAGCGUACUUUUGAGAGACAUGAAGCUGCAACCAUUCAAGUUCAAGAACAACGAGUUUGCUGCCGAGUUUUCGUGCACCUCGCUGAGUGCGCGGGCCAACAGAGACGAGACUGCGCCAGUUGCAGUCGGCUCCACGUUGGCUGCUGCGGUUCUUCUGACGAUCACCGGCUACGCGGCCUACCGAUACUUCAAGGUGAAGAAGGUUAAAUACGAUACGAUGGAAUAAAUAAUAUCCGGGGAUCCCACUGUCACACCGAUGCCAAAAAAAAAUACGUAUCGCCAAAAAAUCGACGCCGUUCGCGAGCGACACGUAGUUUUUCCCAACACACGCUAAUAAUCAUUCAGAAAAAGAUUUGUUUUUUCCGAAAUUUUAUCUUUCGAAUAUGUCUUUUUUAUUUGUAAACUUGAACAUAACACACAUCAACGUUUCUUGUAAUUAUCACGGAAUGAAUCAGCGAUUAUCUUCGAAAAUACCUAAUGAGUCCAUUGACAAUUAAAUUGAAGUCCGGCUCAGAGCUGGCUCUAUAAAACAGAAUAUCGCGCAAGAAAUCUUUUAGAUAGACAUA